GCGGAUGAGGGGGCGGAGUAUGAUGGGGUGAUUGAGGUGGAUUUGUCGAGGUUGGAGGCGAGGAUUAAUGGGCCGUUUACGCCGGAUUUGUCGACGCCGGUGGGACGGUUGGCGGAGGUGGUGGAGGAGGGGAAGUGGCCGCGGAGGUUGACGGCUGGGUUGAUUGGGUCGUGUACGAAUUCGUCGUUUGAGGAUAUGGGACGGGCGGCGAGUGUGGCGCGUCAGGCGUUGGAGGUAGGGUUGAAGCCUAAGAUGCCCUUAUUGGUGUCGCCGGGGAGUCUGCAGACGCGGGAUACGCUGGAGGAGGCGGGGGUGUUGGCGGUGUUUGAGGAGUUGGGGGCCACCAUGUUGCCGAAUGCGUGUGGGCCGUGUUGUGGAUCGUGGGAUCGCGUGGACAUGCCCAAGGUAAGUGCCCCGUGGAGGGGACUCCGAAUUUCUAUCAUCACUUCAUACAAUCGCAACUUCUCUGGUCGUCUGGACUCCAACCCCGCCACGAAUUUCUUACUGGCGUCGCCGGAGCUGGUGAUGGCCAAGGAUACAUUGACCACUCCAUCGGGGGAGGAGUUCCGAUUCCAGCCGCCAACGGGAGACACCCUGCCCAAGAACGGCUAUUUGAACUCCGAUGCGGCAUACAAGGCCCCGCCGGCGGAUCGAAGCGCCGUGGAAGUCGAAAUCAGCCCUACCUCGGACCGAUUGCAGCGACUGGCCCCGUUUGCGCCCUGGUCCGGCAAUGACUUCCACGACUGUCCGUGGUUCCGAUACCGCGGCCAUCUGGAGAACAUCUCCAACAACACAUUGAUCGGGGCGGUGAAUGCGGAGAACGGGCUUGUGAACACCGUACGGAACCAACUGACUCAGGAAGAUGGCGAUGUUCCCGGUACCGCACGCGACUACAAGGCGAAAGGCCAGCCGUGGGUGGUGAUCGCAGACCACAACUACGGCGAGGGAUCAUCCCGGGAACAUGCGGCCCUGCAGCCGAGAUACCUUGGAGGCGUGGCUAUUAUUGCCAAGUCGUUUGCGCGGAUUCAUGAAGCCAAUUUGAAGAAGCAGGGCAUGCUGGCGUUGACGUUUGUGGAUGAGGCGGACUACGAUCGGAUGCGGGCGGAGGAUCGGGUGAGUAUUGUCGGAUUGGAGGGGCUGGAACCUGGGAACAGGGUGAAGCUGGUGGUGAAUGGGGAGUGGGAGGCACAGUUGAAUCAUACCUUUACGGGGGAGCAGAUUGAGUAUUUCAAGGCGGGGAUCAGCAUUGAAAGUAACAACAACUAG